AUGGAGCAGCAAAUAGCACAGCUCCUUCACGACACGCAGUCGCCUCAGGAUGCUCCUCGUCGCAAUGCUGAGCUGCAGCUACGGAAGCUUUAUACACACACGUCGUUCGCUCCUACCCUGAUCGCCGUCGCUACACACCAAUCCAUCGAUCUGCCUACCCGACAAGCUGCACUUCUGUUCCUCAAGCAGUUCGUGCUGCAAGUAUGGACCCCUCAGUUCGAAGAGUUCAGAGGCGAGAUGCUCGUUUCCGUCGAGGAGCGUGCGAAGCUCAGACAGGCCCUACUUGACCUGGCCACCGACGCCCAUCAGGAAAGAAAGAUCAAGAGCGCCGCUUCCAUUGUUGUCAGCAAGAUCGCUACCGCUGACUUCCCCGACGAGUAUCCCAAUCUCCUUCCUACCUUGCUACACAUCAUCAACAACGGCCAGGACGGUCAAUUACACGGUGCUCUCAGGGUCUUGCAGGACCUGAUCGACGACUGCUUCAACGACGAUCAAUUCUUUUCUGUCGCCAACCAGAUCGUCUCAUCCGUCUUUGCCGUAGCCACCAGCUCUCGCCCUACCAUCCUCCGCGCACUUGCUGUUUCCGUCUUCCGCUCAUGUUUCGACAUGCUGGAGAUGGUCAUGGAGGAUCACAAGACAGCCGUCAAAUCUUUCGUCGAAGAGGCUCUCGCAAACUGGUACCCUUUCUUCCUGGCUACCAUCAACAUGCCCAUAGCAGCCAUACCGGUGGAGCAGGAAGAAUCUCAGAAUCCUGUUGCUGAGGAGUACCGUGGCCUCGUCGCCCUGAAGCUACAGGUCGUCAAGGUACUGAUGAAGGUGCGCACCAUGUUCCCUUCAGCUUUGGCUCCCCAGGCACCUGCUCUCUUUUCUGCUACAUGGCAAGAGCUCAACAACUUGCGUCAAUCCUACCACGACUCGUUCAUCCUCAACGAUCGUCAGGGCAGACUGGAAGAUGCUGAUGGUCUGCCAUACACCCUUGAUUUCCUGGUGCUAGAGGAGCUUGACUUUAUGCAAGCCUGUCUCCGCGCAGCUCCAGUUCGCAAGCAGCUUGAGGAGCAACUGCAGACUCAGUCCAUGCCCGACACAUGGGUCACGGAGGUCAUGAAGCUUACCGUCACGUAUGCACACAUCACUACCGAGGAGGAAGGGCUAUGGGAUAUUGAUACAAACAUCUUUUUGGCCGAAGAGUCAAAUGUCACUGCCAAUUACACUCCCCGUACUGCCUGUGCUGAUCUUGCCAUUAAGCUUGGGGAAUGGCAGAGCUCUGCCACUAUUGAAGGCCUGUUACAUCACACUCGCGAGCUCUUCUCGACAGACUCUAGCUGGAAGGCAAAGGAAGCCGCUCUCUUCAUACUCAAUCAACUUCUGACAGACUACCAUGACACCGACCGUCCGAUAGCUCCUGAAGUCGUGGGCAUCUACGUCGACUAUAUCACAUUUGCAAUGCAACAGGAUCAUGUCUUCCUCCGAGCUCGUGGUCACCUGACCGCUAGUAGCAUGGUCCGUACCGCAGGCGGUGCCAUCAAUGGUGCUGCCACUUCGCUCAUGGAUCAAUCGCUACAUGCUAUAACAAGCGAUCCAUCGGAUGUGGUAAAGGUAUCCUGCAUUCGUUCCAUGCAAGCUUACCUCGCCGAGGUUUCUUCUGACAACAACAUGUCUAUGCAACCUGCCAUCAUCAAUGCCAUUCACCAAUUCAUCACUGAGCUCGACUUCAACGACAUGGACGAAUCUGAAGACAUCAUGAUUGCCAUUGUUGAGACACUCCGCGAUGCCAUUAUGAUUGACACUCGUAUCUGUUUGACAGGCUCUGGCUUGGAUGUCCUCUUCACCCUUGCCAGCUGGUGCGCCGUCAACUAUCAAAUUUACAUCAUCAUCGCCGAAACUUUCGAGGAUAUCACGGAGUCCUUGUCAGGCGCAGGCCCUGAGGUCUACACACAGCUAUGUGCCAAAGUGUUGCCAUCACUGUCUGGAGCCUUUGAUGUCGCAAACCUAACUGAUGAAAACUCUCUGACGAACCUUGCCACCGACAUGCUCUCCGAUCUUGCACGCAAUGGUCCUACGCCUCUGCCGCAAGGCUUCAUCGUCACUGUCAUGCCCAAACUCACGCGUCUACUCCUCGAAUCUCCCGACGAAGAAUUGCUUAAGUCAGCAACCUCUGCCACUCGGUAUAUGCUGGAGAAAGAUCCUGAGCAGAUGUUCAACUGGGCCAAUCAUGACGGUAAGAGUGGUCUUGAGGUCAUUCUCGUCAUCAUUGACCGUCUGCUCGGGCCCACGGUGGAAGACAAUGCCGCCGGUGAGGUUGGUGGUCUUGCUGCUGCCUUGGUAGAGAAAGCUGGAUCCGAUAGACUCGGUCCAUACUUAGCACAACUCUUGAGUGCUGUCGCCCACAGACUCAGCACUGCUACCCAGACUCAAAUCAUACAAAGUUUGAUCCUUGUCUUUGCGAGAUUGUCUCUUCUUUCGGCCAGAGAGGUGAUCGACUUCCUUGCCCAGCUAUCCAUCGGUGAGGAGAACGGCUUGAAUGUCGUCCUGACAAAAUGGCUGGAGAAUUCUGUCAACUUCGCUGGCUACGAUGAAAUCAGGCAAAACAUCGUCGCCCUCACCUGUCUCUACGACCUUCACGAUCCCCGUCUUGACACUGUUCAAGUCAAGGGCGACAUGAUCAUGCCAACCUCCACCCGCAUCAUGACUAGAAGCCGUGCACGCGCAGAACCUGAUCGGUUCACCAUUAUCCCCGCUCCUCUGAAGAUCGUCAAGAUUCUCGUCGAUGAGAUCCUAUCCUCCAACUUGUCUCGCAGUGUCGAAAACCUUGCUCCUGCUUCAGAGAUCGAGAAGGCAGAAUCUGUUGGUAGUGAUGAAUCAGGCUGGGAAGACGAAGACGGCUUCUUGGAUUUGGGUGCUGGCAUCACCAAGGAGGCCUUGAUGGGUAUGGUUGCAGACGACAUGCCCGUCAGAAGUCGUGAUGAUGAGACACAGGCACAUUUACUGCAGUGGUUCGCAGGUAAAUCGCAAGAAGAGGGCUUUGGAGAGGUGUUUGGUCAGUUGAGUGCUGCUGAGCAGCAGAAGCUGAGAUCCAUGGGUCAAUAA